AGAAUCUCUUAUUGGUUUCUUCAAUAUUAAGCUAUUGCUAAAAAAUAAAUUCCUUCUACCUUUCUUCAUCUGACACGUCAAGUUUGAGUCACAGCGUUCCCUUCUUGUUUUCUUCUGUGACACCUGCUAAAUUACAAUACAAUACAAAGAUAUCUUCCAAUAUUUUGCUGUCAAGAAUAUGAUUUUAUCAUUUGCUUUCACUUUUUCGUGAAUCUUAUUUUUAGUAAUAGUUUUACAGAUUCAAAUUUGUGCCAUCCUUGUAAGAUUCCUUGCUCUCCAUUCAAGAAUAUGCCAAAUGAAUUUCAGUCACAGACGUCUUAGGAAUAAUUAUUUAUUUUUUUUAUUAGUAAUUAUUUCUUUUUAAAUGAAAACAAAUGCAUGUUUUAUCAGGUCAACUUUUGCGUUUGGUUCCUUAAUUGUAACAUGUUACAUGUAGAGUAACUGAUUAAAUCUUUAGCUAUCUUGUAUAUGGUUAUAUGGUAAGAUAAAGGUGACUUCUAUGGAGAAACGGGUGAUAUUUUAUGCCUUGAGUCAUGAGAUCGACUCAUACUAGAAUCUUUUAUGUAAUAUAUAAAUUACACAUAAUUUCUUUUCAUUUUACCUAUAGUAAAGGUUCCCUGGGUGACCAUUUCUCUGUUAAUAAAAUAACUUCAAAGUUUAACCAAAGCCUGACUUUGUGACUUCUCUCACAUUGCUAUCAUUUGAUAAUGUACACCUCAGAUGUCCUUUAAGACGGAUCUAUAGGUAGUCUCAAUUACUAAAUUACAAUUAAAUAAUUAGUAUAAUUGAAUCAAGUUGUAGUUUUCAACUCCUUACUAUCUCUUUGGCCGUACGCGUAUUCGUCCUUCUGUAAUUAUAUAUACUAGGCCUUAGAGGUUCCUUAAUUUGUGAAAACUGAAAAGUAUUCCUUCCAAGUGAUUGAAUAUUCUAGUCAGUUGACACUAAAGAUACCAGUACCUAAGAAAUGGGAAACUGCACGUCUUGUGUAACUUCAGAUAUUCAAAUACACGAGUAUGGAUGUCUUGAAAAUGCAUUGCAUAUUCAAUCUGCAAUUGGCAAUGGAAAGCAUAAGGUUGGUUCUGUGCACUCUCAGCAAGGAGCCAAAGGUCUAAACCAAGAUUCUGCUGUUCUUUACCAGGGAUAUGGAAUGGAGGAUGGGGCAUUCGGUGCUGUUUUUGAUGGGCAUGGAAGCAACGGGCACAUAGUUAGCAGAGUAGUAAGGAACCAGCUGCCAUCAUUACUACUGAACCAAAGGAAAUUUAUGGAUUGGAAUGAGGCUGUUGUUAGUUCCUUUAAAACUAUGGACAAGGAGGUAAAUCUGAUUGAGACCGUGGAUUGUUCUUUUAGUGGAAGUACUGCUGUGAUUGCUGUCAAACAGGGUGAAGAUCUUAUUAUCGCUAAUCUUGGUGAUUCUCGGGCUGUCCUUGGAACAUUAACUGAAAAUGGAGUCCAAGCUAUUCAAUUGACAAGAGACCAUAAGCCUGAUGUACCUAGUGAAGUUGACCGGAUUAAAAAAGCUAAUGGUAGGGUGUUUGCACAUGAGAGCCAACCCCAUAUCCAGCGUGUGUGGUUGCCUAAUGAGGAUGUCCCAGGUCUUGCCAUGACCCGUGCUUUUGGAAACUUUGAGAUGAAGAGUAAUGGGAUCAUUGUUACACCUGAGAUCACUCAUCGCCGCUUAACCUCUGAAGACCAAUUUCUUGUGCUGGCUUGUGAUGGGGUUUGGGAUGCUCUUAGCAACGAGGAAGUUGUGUCAGUUGUGAGAUCAGUAACGAAUAAGGAGGCAGCUGCAAAAGCAGUUGUAGACGAAGCUCUUGCUGCAUGGAAGCGCAAAUUUCCUUCAGCAAAAGUCGAUGACUGCACUGCUGUCUGCUUGUUCUUGCAGGAGAGAGAAGACUGUUUGUUGCUUCCAACAACUUGAGCUUUAUAAUCUGUUCCCAUAUCGAUGAUUAGCACUCGUGUGGUCGUACCCCAUAUCCGAUUUUCUGAAGCUGCAAAGGCUGAUUGCUGCUAUAAUGUUCGCUCUGAAAAUGGAAUGAUUGAGGGGUGAAUUCUGUCCAAUGUAUAUAAAUGUCAUCACUUUCUUUGUGAUGCACCUGUAUUGCGUAUAUAAUAUAUGGUAAUUAUGUUUAAGAAAUGUUUUAGUAUUGAAGCAUAGUAUUCCCAAACAUAUGUGAGUGUACUGUCCACAUUAAUUAAAGAAGAGAGAGAGUUAUACUUUACUCCGUAUAAGGUGAAAGAGCUAUUCAUAUUAGGAGUUAUUCAUAUUGUCAUAUGAUUUUAGGAUGGAACCUCCUUGGACUAGUGAAGUGAGCUUUCUCUCUCUUGGUGACGGUUGCGGACCAUACUCGUAUUAAACAUGAUAUUACAAUUAAGCCCACAGUUAGACCUUUAUUGGCUUUGAUGUACUCUGUGUCAUAUUGAAUUGAAUCUAUGUGAGGGUAUGAAUCUUUAGUAAACUUUGUGAUAUUAUA